CGAAAAAACUUAAACGCAACGGACCUUCUGACUUACUAUUGUUUAGGGCCCAUUUCCCAUGAGGCCUGGUCUGGCCCGGUUUUAAUAAGUAACAAAAACGCCAGACUUUCGCGUCGCUUCAAAUUGUUGAAUCGACCGUUUGUAAUAUGUUAACGUCUCGCUCCAUUUUCCGGUGUAUCAGAGGUUCAAAGGCAUAUUUAGAGACCUCAAUCUCGGCUUCUGCAUCUCCGGAAACGGGUAUCGGUGGUUACGCGAAAUCAAGUACUCUUUCUUACAAAUUCUUGCUCUCUGAUUACUUGAAAAACCAGAGGUUAGAUGAAGCUCGCGGAGUUUUUGAUAAAGUCCCAUUUCCUGAUGUGUAUUCAUACACCAAGAUGAUCUCCGGUUAUGCGGAAAAUUAUAGGCUUGAUGAUGCAUUGGAGCUGUUUUACGAAAUGCCCGUUAAGGAUACUGUUUCUUGGAAUUCAAUGAUUAAAGGGUGUUUGCAUUGUGGGGAUUUAGCUAUGGCUAGGAAGCUGUUUGAUGAAACGCCUGAGAGAAAUGUUGUUUCUUGGACAACCAUGGUACAUGGGUAUUUGCAGUUUGGGAGAGUUGAGGUGGCUGAGAGGUUGUUUUUUGAGAUGCCUGUCAGGGAUGUUGCUGCGUGGAAUUCAAUGAUUUAUGGGUACUUGCAGUUUGGGAGAGUUCAGAAUGCUGUGAGGUUGUUUGAGGAGAUGCCUUGUCGGAAUGUGGUUUCGUGGACUUCGAUGAUUGGUGGGUUUGAUCAGAAUGGGAAGAGUGAUGAAGCUUUGAUUCUUUUUCAAAAGAUGUUAGGUACUGGUGUUGAGCCCACUUCAAGCACUAUUGUUUGUGUUUUGACGGGUUGUGCAAGUGUAUCAGCUUUGGAUUUGGGUGUUCAGAUUCAUGGCUAUGUUGUUAAGUUCGGAUACUGCCUCGAUGAAUUCAUAUGUUCUUCACUUAUAACAUUUUAUGCAAACUGUGAGCAAAUGGAGAAUGCCUACAAAGUUUUUCAUGAGAAAUUGCAGAGAAGUGUGGUGAUAUGGACUGCUCUUUCAACUGGUUUUGGUCUGAAUCGUAAGUAUGAAUGUGCACUGAUGGUUUUUAGGGAUAUGAUAAGAAUGGGCGUCCACCCAAAUCAAUCCUCUUUGAGUUCUGCUUUGAAUUCAUGUUGUGGGUUAGAGGCUAUAGAUAAGGGUAAAGGGCUCCAUACGGUAUCCAUCAAACUAGGUUUGGAAGCUGAUACAUUUGUGGGCAAUUCUCUAAUUGUCAUGUAUACAGAAUGUGGAAACAUUUACAAUGCUAUAAGUGUAUUUAAGAAUGUUAUAGAGAAAAAUGUUGUCUCAUGGAAUUCAAUUAUUGUUGGAUGUGCUCAACAUGGUCAUGGUAUGUGGGCUCUGACAUUCUUUAGCCAAAUGAUUAUUGCAGGAGUUGAACCAGAUGAGAUCACAUUCACUGGAUUGCUUUCUGCAUGCAGCCAUUCUGGGAUGUUGGAAAAAGGGAGAUGUUUUUUUGAGUAUAUUAGUCAAUACAAGUUGACCAAGUUGAACCUUCAGCACUAUGUUUGUAUGGUGGAUAUAUUGGGCAGGUGUGGGAAGUUGGAAGAGGCUGUGAAGCUAAUUAAAAAUAUGCAUCUGAAAGCAAAUUCUACAGUAUGGCUAGCUUUGCUUAGUGCUUGUAGGAUGCAUUCAAACCUAGAAGUUGCUGAAAGGGCUGCAAAGUAUAUUUUUGAUCUAGAACCACAUUGUAGUGCUACUUAUGUUUUAUUGUCCAAUAUAUAUGCUUCUGCUGGUAAGUGGAGUGAUGUCUCAAGAAUGAGAGUGAAAAUGAAACAGAGAGGAAUCACAAAACAACCAGGAUCCAGCUGGGUAACUUUGAGGGGAGUGCGGCAGGAGUUUCUUUCUGGAGAUAGGUCCCAUCCUCUCAGUGAAAAGAUAUAUCAAAAGAUUGAUUGGUUGGGAGUAAAAUUGAAGGAAUUGGGCUAUGUGCCGGAUCAAAGGUUUGCCCUGCAUGAUGUGGAGGAGGAGCAGAAGGAAGAAAUGUUGUCAUAUCAUAGUGAGAGGCUUGCUAUUGCAUUUGGGUUGGUUAGUACAGUGGAGGGCAGUCCAAUAACAGUGAUGAAAAAUCUUCGUGUGUGUGGAGAUUGCCAUAAUGCCAUCAAACUUAUAGCAAAGAUUGUUGGGCGUGAGAUUGUUGUAAGAGAUUCUACCCGUUUUCAUCAUUUCAAGAAUGGCAUAUGCUCCUGUGGGGAUUACUGGUAGUUAAAUUUGUUGAUAACAAUAAUUUUUUGAGUGGGGUUCUGAAGCUUGGCAACCUCUUCAGCAUCAAAAGUGGUUUCACGUUUUUGGAUUCCUCUUCAGCCAGUUAAGGAUUCAAUAGCAAAGUGAAAACGACCACUUUAGAAAUCAAUCUUUGGCAAUCUUGGUGCUUUAGUUACAGAGAAGAUGAUUCAACAGAGGAGCUUUACCUCUUUGCAGAUAGCUCCAUGGCAAUGGCAUAGCCCAGGUGGAGCUUUGCCUCUUUGCAGACAGCUCUGUGCAUAAAAAGAUAAAAAAAAG